AACGGAGCUAAUCUGUCAACGACACGAACGACUCCAUCGUUACCAUUGUAUAUUCGAGUUAUUCUGCCUACUGGCCACUGCAUUACAGGCAUGUUACCUUCAUUGAGGAUGACCAAAUUACCAGGCUCAACGUUUGCUGAUGGUGUGCUCCAUUUCCUUCUUUAUUGAAGAGUACUUUGGUAUUCCGUAGACCCACGUCUCCAGAACUCAUGCCUAAUCUGCGAUACUACUUUCCAUCCGCUUGUCAAUGAUGUUGACGAUUAGUUCGCUGAUAGAUCAACCUGUACCGUUAAAGGCUCUCCCGCAAGAAAAUGACCAGGUGUUAAUGCUGCUAGAUCAUUUGGAUCGUAGAAAUAGGUGUCAGCGGUCUGGAAUGUAGAAUUACCUCUAUUUCGAUAACAAUUGUUUAGGUUAAGUACGCACUACUUGUAGUACGAAGCAAUAGUUGCUUUGCUAAGCCACCAAAAUGUAGAGCUCUUGAGGGAAAUCUAGAAAUCAAUACCUUCUCUUGAGCAUGUCUCGGCUAUUUCCUUUCUGCUAUUCAAUUCAAAUACUGUUUGAUUCAAUUCAUCGAGCUAAUUUUUGGCUCCUACAAAGUUUUCGCGUUGUCUGAAUACAAGUUUCGACAUUUCCUCCUUCGACGAACGAUAAAUCUCUUCAACGCUCCAAUGAAUGCGUCCGUUGUCAGGUCUGUAGCUAUUUCCAAAUGCACAGCCUUUGUUGCGAAGAAGACACACACCUCCUCGUAUUUUGUAGUGGACCCAUACACUGUUAGGUGGGAGAUUUCUCGGGGGCACCUUACGCAAUUUUGCACAAUGUUGCGUGCCAUAGCCUCCCCCUUGAUGAUCCAUUAUUUCAGUCCUGAGGUUGCGAGUAGCAAAUCUGACCCACAGUGCUUAUUUUCCAAAUGAAUCAUGUCCAGGUUGAGUUAUACACUUGGGUCGUUGUAUGGUAACAACAUCGGGUGUUUUGUGUCGUAUACUAAGCUUGCCUCGUUCAACCUGCCUCUGUCAUUAAGAAACGGAGUUAAACUGUAUAUGGAACUUAAUUUGUCUAAUGCUCCAUAUUUCCUCAACUGCUGUAUUUCUUUCGCGAAAUCCGAUACCUGGAUACAGCUCCAUGUGGGUCAAUACUUCUGUCGAGUUUCCAUGCUUGCAUUCCAUAGAUGAUAUCCCGUAAGCUACUCUUUGACGCAAUUGCUGACAUGUAGAUUUUGUCUUAAAUUCAAGAUCAGUCCGAUUUUCUCCAUACUUUGAGAAUGAUUCCUGCCAGAGGGAUUCAUUUCCGUAUAGAAAUGUGCGUCCAUAAAACCACAUAAUACAUCCUGACAGCCGAUCCGGUUUCACAUCUCUGGAUAAGAAAUCUGCUGGAUAAACCUAUGUCCCUACAUGUCGCCAAUUAUUGCUUAACGAUCUGCCUUGUAUAUUUUUAAUCUUCUUGGCAACGAACAUCUUCAGUGUUGGAAUUGAUACAAUACAAUGUAAUUUCUGAAUCUGACCAAUAAAUAGUCCUUCGAUUUUCGUAACCCAAUUCGGCCUUGACUUUAGCAGUAAGUUUUGCUUCCAAUUCAGCGGCACAAAGCUCUAACCGUGGCAUAGUGAUUACCUUUAUUGGUUCUAUUUUUGUUUCGAAAAAGGAGUUUGACGAUAUGCCUUCCAUCUGGUAGUAUAGCCCGAAGAUACAUCACAACUCCGUAUGUCUUUUCUGGAGCGACCACAAAAAUAUCAGUCUCAAUUUUUGUGUCUGGGCAAUUUGAAAUCAUUUAAUAUUUUCAGGCUUUCUCGGAACGAUAACCAAUAUGCUGCUGUUUCUGCUGGCAGUUCCUCGUCCCAGCCAAGUGUAUUCUUUCGCGGCUGCUGAAUACAGCUUUUCGCUGCUGACACCACAGGACUUACACUUUCUAAUGGGUCAAAAAAUCUUGCCAAAUCAGAUGUUAUCUUCCGCUUGGUGACGGUGGUACAUUCAUUCACAUUACUCUUCAAAAAAAAAAAAAUUGGUCUGCUUGGGGAAUUCAUGUUAUUCCCAAAACCUUGGUUGAUGACUUCUCAAAAUUGAGAUCUACUUCUCUAUCUUUUGUAGGAACUCCAAGCAGCAGGUUCACGUUUUCGUAGUCUAGAUCCUGCUUCCAGUAGUAAUGUAUUAAGCUGUUUCUGCAUCUCAAUUGCCGUUAUUAAACUGUCAGACCCGCACAUGCAUUCGUCAACAUAAAAAUUCUUUAGAAGAACUAAACCCCCAAUGGAUAUUUUUGUAUGUUCAUAUCUGCUAGCCUUUUCAGACAUCUUGUAGCAAGAUUGGGGCGCACGUCGUACCAUUCGCUAACGUAUUCAACAUAUAAUGUUGGAGUUCCUUGCCUGGCGUGUUCCUCCAUACGAUUAGCCGAUAUUUGCGUCGACUAGUACUUGUCUAUACAUCUUCUCACAAAUGAACACAAAUCUCGGUAGUCUGAAGCGCAACACGUGAAUAGUCUUGUCCAUCCUCUUUGUUAGGAAGAAUGGAUCCCAUUCUUUCGGCUUUACUCCCAGACAAUCCAGUGUCAAUAACGAUUCUUGAAUACUGCCAUGAAAGUUCUUUAUUGAUCUGCUAUUGCCAGACAUGUUUGGCAGGUUUAAUAUCCUCUCAAGUAUAGUUGACACUUGAGUUCUCCUGUUGUUUUAUCUGUCUUGGAGUGUUCUCUAUGCAAUGUUGCCACCAAGGAAACUGCAUAUUACCCACGGAGGGUUAAAAUAUUACACAUUUGGGGAAAAAAUACACCUGUAUCAAAAUUUUUUUUUGAUAAAAGUUACUUUUUCAACACAAAUUACUAUAUAGCUCAAAAAUAGGCGUAAAUUCAUUUUAUAUUUUCCAAUUUUUCCUGCUCAUGUCAUUUUCCAAUUUUUCCCGCUCAGAUAGUUUCUUUUUUUUGCAUUAAAUCCAAUAAAAUGGAAGAAAAUGAACCGAAAAUAAAUAAAAAUACUGCAACCGGUGAGCUGCAAGGUCAAGGAUCAUCCCAAGCGGCGAUUACACAACCAACUGACAGCGGUACAUCAGACAUGGUGCCGAGAACCCAACUAUUGGAACUGCAGGAGGAGAAUCGCAAGAUGUUAAAUAAUUUCAAUGCCCAACGGGCCAAACUGAAGGAGUUGUUUGUGCAAAAGGAACAAGAGCUGAAUGCACUGAAAUCGAAGUUGACGGUGAUGGAAAUUAAGGCCCAAGAGGAGAUAUCUUCUCUGCAACAAUUGGUGCAAGAAACCGUCGAGGAAUCUGCCAUCUGCAAAUCAGAAUUGGAACUUCUGAAACAGGAGAAUCAACAUAUUCUACAGGAAAAUCGACAAUUACAAGAAAGUUUGCAUUCAGCCUCAACGUCAACGUCUCAGGAACUUAGUAGCUUGGCACCCCAAGUCCUGCACCAAGUGAAAAAGACCAUAGCACGGAUAGGUAAAAGUGGUGACCCUCACAAUCCUUCGGCUGGUGACACGGCAACAGAUGAGGCGCCUCGGCGAAGAACGGGAAAAAGUCAAUAAACAUUUGGAAUUGUUACAGGCCGAUAAUGAUUUCCUCUCUGGCCGUUAUUUAGCCACGGCCGAGGAGAUUGAAAGUCAAUACAUUAAUUUACCAAACAACGUUGAAGAGUUACUGGAAAUAAAUCUAAGACAGCAACAAGAUUUG